AUGCCUAGCAACAGGAGCUCGAGUCUGCCCGUCGUUGGCAUUUUCUCGCGAUUUCCAGAUCUCCCUAUCGAGAUCCAAAGCUUGAUAUGGGGGCUCGCCAUAGCCGAAUCCAGCCUCUUAUGGGCUCAUUGGCCCGACCAUGAGAUGUGUCUCCUUGCACCCAUCUGCCCGAUACCAAAGCUCGGCACCAACGAUCCUGUCGGCCUAAUUCCUUACAAGCUUCCAAUCGGUGUGCCUAGUACCUUGAAUAGCCACCCCCCUCCCAGUGGAUUAGCGGCGGGGACCGUGGAUUCUGGUUAUGACACAAGCUUGAGAAUCAUGAGCAUGACACACAGGUCACACUUCACUCGCACUGGGGACUCUUGGACGAGUUCAUUGAGAAAGAUGAUGAUACAACCGGAUAAGCCAUCAUCUAAUGCCAUAAGUGGCCACGCAGCAUUGACUCUCCUCUCUGUGUGCCACUUGAGUCGCCAAGUUGUGCUGACACGUCGGGCUACUAUCAGAACGAAACAGCAAGCCCCGGAACAGCAAACAGCCAGCCUUGGCGACGUUCCUCUCUUCUACCCGUCAUUUAAGGGUGGAUCACUUAGUGGAAACGUCUUUAAAGAUCAGUAUAGAGGACGAAGUUGUUUCCUUUUCAUUCUGGGUUCUGAUCCGUCAAAGCCUUUGUUGGAAAAGUCACCUCUCAGAAAGGUAAAGACCGCAUACCGGUACAGCCAUGUCGCCGCAAGGCUUGGGGAUAUUGAAAAGUGUGUACUUGGAAGUCGGUUAAGCUUCACGCAGAUUCCGGAUGGCUUGAAUCGAGAUCGGUUCAAGGAUGCUGAAGACACAAUGUGGUGGAGACCGGAUCUGGGUUCCCGUGUACGACGCCCGGAGGCGGGCCAUCCGUUUAACAUAACCCCGGGGACGAUCCUCGCUCUUUAUUCUGCAGUUUUGCAUCAGCUUGCGAGUCUUCAGGUCACGAAAUGCAUGGAAGGCCACGCUCGAAAUGACUGGUCCGUACGACCCCAUGGGCAGUGGUACUUCAGCCUUCUCGAGGAGGGAAAAUGUAUAUACUGCUCCAAUGACUUGUUGUUGCCGUUUUGCGAAAGUUACCCUGAGCUCAUCGAUGCUGAGGGCCACAUUGAUGUGAUGGUCCUGCUAGAUCGACAUCGGUUCGAGCAGCCUGAGCAUACGCAGUCCGUGCGGCCUUAUGAAAUUGGAGAGUGA